AUGGGUUUCAUGCAAUCUGUCGUCCUCGGUUCAUGUUCUUUCAUCCUGGGUAUGGUAUUCGUUUGUCAAGUGGUAGAUAUCCCAUUACUAUACAUACCUGUCACUUCCCAAGCGUUAGAAAACGCAUACACGUUUUAUGGAAUAUGGUUCGAAUCGCCCGGUGCUGUGAAAGCUUUAUUCCACGUGGCUUUAGUUUUACCAAUGCUUGGUUUGAUUGUCAAAUUACAUAAAUGGACAGAAUCCGCUGUAUUUUUCGAUGGGACGGGUUUAGUUUUACACCUAGCAACUAUUAUUUUAUACCUCACUGUACAUAUUCCUUCAUUAAGGACAUUCCUGCCCGAUUCAACAACCACAACAACAUUCUCCAUCCUUCCUCCUCCUCCUCCACGCGAAACUCCACCAACGGAAGACGAACGUAUUCAAGCUGUACGAGUCUUAGCAGCUGGUAACGCUCUCGUCGGUGUGUUAACAUUAGGAGUGAUUUUGAUGCAAUUGGGACAAGAAUGGGCGAAAAGAACGGCUGAGAAUGAAGAGAAGAAAUUG